AUGGUAGAAACACAUUUAAUUAUCGCCGGUACAUCAUUAGCAAUUGGAAUUAUUGGUAUUAGCAGAGCAAUUUAUUGGCUAAUAUUUCUAGUUGCUUUUUUAAGUGGGUUUUUACUUUAUACAGUUCUUAAUCGACGAAAAUGCUUUCAGAAUCGAUCACCAAUAGCUGCCUCAUCAUCAUACACACGACGAAGACUUCUAACACAUAUAGAUGAUAUUGAAACAAAGUCAUCGUUAUCGCGUUCAACGAAUACACAUAUUGAUCGUACACCAUUAACAAACUCACGUGUUAUAGAUGAAUCAUUAUAUGAGUUGAUUGACUAUUUUCUUCGCGAUUACAUUGAAAUUUGGUAUAAAACACAGAUAAGUUCAGAUGAAGAUUUUAUGAACGAUGUACGAAAUGGGAUGUAUAAAACAAUUCAACAUUUAUCAGAUAGAAUGCGUAAAAUUGAUUGGCUUGACUUUUUAACAGGUACUGUUGUCGAUAGUUUUGCUACACAUGUGAGAUUAUAUCGAAAUGCAAAAGAACGAAUUAAAAUGGAACGUACAACGAAUGCCGAUAUUAAAUCGGUAUUUUUCGAUCUCGAAGCUGAAUAUGAACGUGGAAUAUGUCGAGAUGAAGUAUGCACAAAUAAAGAGAGAGAAAAAGAAUUUUUACAAGACAUAGCGGACGUUCUAAUUUAUAUAUUAUUACCAGCAAAUGAAUUUCGUUGUAUUCCAGCUAGAAUGAUCAUAAGAGUACGUAUUUAUUAUUUAUUUGGUUCAGAAUUUUUGAUAUAA